AUGGCACCCAAACAUGAUGAUGAUGCGAUCGAUAUCGUUGAGCAUGAACCUCAUGCCAAUGAGUACGAGAUCAAGGACUUAGCCUUGGCCAAAAAAGCCGCCGAGGACGAGCACAGCCUUGGCUUCCUAGAAGCCAUCCGCCUGUUUCCAAAGGCUGCGCUAUGGUCCGUCCUUGUUUCCGCCUCGAUUAUCAUGGAGGGAUACGACAUUGUUCUCAUCUCAUCUUUCUUCGCUCAACCUGCUUUCAGAGAGCAUUAUGGGGAAUACAUUCCAAGUAAAGGCUCUUACGAAAUCACCGCCGCCUGGCAGAACGGACUCAGCAACGCCGUGAGUGUUGGAACUAUCAUCGGGGCCUUCGCCAACGGCUACUUCACUCACCGUUUCGGAUACCGAAUGGUUCUGUUGGUGUCGCUGGCUUCCAUUUGCUGCUUCAUCUUCAUCUCGUUCUUCGCGCCAAACCUUCCAGUUCUUCUGUUUUCGGAGUUUCUCUGUGGAAUUCCUCUGGGAGUUUAUGCAACGAUGGCGCCGGCUUACGCAUCAGAGGUUUGCCCUCUUGCUCUACGCGGCUAUCUGACAGUCUACGUUAAUCUCUGCUGGGCUCUCGGUCAGCUAAUCUCAGCCGGCGUUCAAGCUGGGUUUUCGGAGAAAGUCGGCCAAUGGUCUUAUCGAAUACCGUUUGCUAUCCAAUGGGUGUGGCCGCUUCCUCUCUUCGCUAUCCUGUGGUUCGCACCAGAGUCGCCGUGGUACUUUGUCCGCCUAGGCAAGUAUGACCAAGCCGAAAAGUCGAUUCUCCGCCUCAGUUCACCUUCACAGCGCAGCCAGGUGGAACAGAGAGUCGCUAUGAUGAUCCACACAAAUGAGAUCGAGGCCCAGAUGGAUGAAGGCACAUCCUACAUGGACUGCUUCCGGGGUGUCAAUCUGCGCAGAACUGAGAUCGCGUGCCUAACUUUCGCUGCUCAGCCCUUUUGCGGCUCGGCAAUGGGAGGUACGCCAACCUACUUCUUUGUUCAGGCCGGGCUGCCCACCUCAAUCUCAUUUGAAUUGUCCGUUGGGGGGCUCGGGGUCGCCUCAGUUGGCACGAUCCUGGCUUGGGGCCUUCUCCACUUGUUCGGACGCCGUACUCUGUACCUCUGGGGUCUUGGCCUUUUGACCCUCAUACUUGUCGUGGUCGGUUCAAUAAGUGCCGGCGCCCCCAACUCUGACGCCGCAAACUAUGGCCAAGCUGGCAUGAUGCUUGGCUGGCUAGCUGUCUACUACCUUACUGUUGGCCCGAUCUGCUACGCCAUCAUUUCCGAAGUCUCAUCUACGCGCCUCCGCAAUAAGAGCGUGUGUCUGAGCCGAAUCACCUACUACGUUGCUCAGAUCAUCUGCAACGUCAUUAAUCCUUAUAUGCUGAAUCCGACGGCGGGAGGCUGGAAAGGAAAGACUGCAUUCUUUUGGGGCGGGUGUGCGUUUGUCUUCUUCGUCUGGACAUACUUCCGAUUGCCUGAAACCAAGGGUAAGACUUUUGAAGAGCUUGACAUCCUGUUUGCUAGGGGCGUUAAGGCAUCGGACUUUGCUUCAUACAAGGUCGAUGCAUAUGCAGGCGGAGAGGAGGCUUUGACUAAACAAGAUUGAAUUGAGAUUUUCAGCUCAUAAUCUUUCGUUGAUGUGGAGGAAUGGACAAUAUGAUCGAUUCCUUCACUCGGUAGAACCUGAGUUUGCCUACUAUAUAUGAUAGCCACCUAUACAGCAUUUUCUUCAAAUGACACCAGCAACGGA